ACGCCCCCUUCCCCAGUUGAAGCAAAGCAGAGCCCUACCGGGUCUCCUCUCCCACCUCCCCAGAUCGGCGAUCCCCGGAGGCAGCGGCGAUGGCGUCGUCGCAGGCCAACCUCGAGAAGAUGCAUCUCCGCCAGAGCUACCGCAACCUCUGGCACACCGACAUCAUGGGCACCAUGAAGGCCGACUUCCCCUACUGCUGCCUCGCGCUGUGGUGGUGAGCGAUCGACCCUCCCCGAUCCCCGUUUCUGCGGUCUUUGGGUAUCGAAGACCCUUUGCUUUUCGUAGAUCUGAGGAAAUUUGCCUGCUCUGUUUCCCAGUGUAGUUAGGGUUUUAGGGGAUUUUAGUUUUGAGGGUUCUGUGUGGAUUCUGCGUUGUGCAUUGGCAGAUUGGCACUUCCCUCUUCUGGGGAUUUGGCAUAUUCGCAUCAAUUAUUCCUUGCGCAUUUAAGUUUGGCCUGCAGCUGCACGACAUUGGGACAGCUAGCGUGUCUCUAUAAAUUCCUAUCAUUGUGACAGGUUCCCAUAGCCUAUUUUUAUCUGCUGCAAACCCAGAAGAGGAUAGCUGCCUGCUUUUAUCUAACCCUGAAGCCUGUUACUGUAGAAAUGAUCAACAGGAAUUGGGGAAAUGAUCCUUUACUAGCUUCACCAGAUGAACUGGGCCAAAGGGCAUUGAAAGCGUCUAUUACCUUUUGUUUCUGAUGGGUCUUGGACCAAUAAUGCUUGUUCUCUGCCUUCAGCUUCGUUCCGGAAUAUGCACUCACUCUCAAUCAACCAUGAAAGGGCUUUAUUUUGUUUGGCACUCAGCAUUUCCAAACCAUUGCUAAGGUCUAGUAUGUCUACCAUUUUGUACUGUGCUGUUAUGGCAUGUUGUGCUCAUCUAGCAUGUCAAGGCUGUAUACAUUUGCAUUUGGUAGCCACGGUUAUAGCACUUGGAAAUGUGAAGAUUUCUACCCAUCUGUUAAUCCGCUGCAUUUUCCUGUUUCUGUUCAGUGGACCAUGCGUGUCAUACAUGCUUCGCAAAAGGGCUCUCUAUAAUGACAUGUCAAGAUAUGUCUGUUGUGCUGGAUAUAUGCCAUGCAGUGGAAGGUGUGGUGAAAGUCGGUGCCCAGAGUUUUGUCUUGCAACUGAGGUGUUUCUUUGCUUUGGCAAUUCAGUUGCGUCAACCCGUUUCUUGCUGCAAGAUGAAUUCAACAUACAGACAACUCAGUGCGAUAACUGCAUCAUUGGCUUCAUGGUCUGCCUUCAACAAGUUGCUUGCAUCUUCUCUAUAGUUGCAGCUAUUGUUGGGAGUGAGGAGCUUUCAGAGGCUUCCCAGAUCCUUAACUGCAUGUCUGAUUUGGUCUACUGGACGGUAUGCGCAUGUAUGCAGACACAACACAAAAUCGAAAUGGACAAGAGGGAUGGGAAGUUCGGCCCACAGCCCAUGGCAGUGCCUCCAGUGCAACAAAUGUCACGCAUCGAUCAGCCUACCCCGCCUCCUGCCGGAUACGCACCACAACCAGCCUACGGUCAGCCUUAUGGUAGCUAUCCACCUCCAGGUCAAGGUUAUCCGCCAGCUGGUUACCCCCAGGGUGGUGCAUACCCUCCUGCUCAAGGUUACCCCCAGGGUGGUGCAUACCCUCCGCCUGCCCAAGGUUAUCCCCAGGGUGGUGCCUACCCACCGCCUGGUUACCCGCAGCAAGGUUCCUACCCCCCGGCGCAAGGUUCCUACCCCCCAGAGGGUUACCCGGCCAAGUAAAGAACACACGUCAAUUGGAGAGACGCCUUUGCCAGGCACCUGAAAUAUUGUGGACAUGUAAACAGUAGGACUGCCGUAGCAUUAUAGGUGAUGUCGAGACACCAUGUGCGAUUGCUCUGCGUGGUAAACAAUGAACGGUAUUUUGAUCCUCUGGUGAACUCAUCACUGACAUGUGUCGAGUAUAUUCUUCAAAUAAGGAGGGGCGGUGAAUUGUGCAAGUCAGUCAGAAAGUUAAUCUGUAACUGAAUUUGGUGAUAACAUUACGUUGUUCCUGGAGAUUGUUGGUCGUGUUUGUGUCAUGUUAUAUGCCUGAAUGAAUGCUGUGGUUGCGAGUUCACUUUA